AUGGCCUCCGAGAAGACUAGCAACCCCAUGCGGGAGCUCAAGAUCCAGAAGCUCGUUCUGAACAUCUCCGUCGGUGAAUCUGGUGACAGGCUCACUCGUGCCGCCAAGGUGCUUGAGCAGCUGUCUGGUCAAACCCCCGUCUACAGCAAGGCCCGUUACACCGUCCGUACCUUUGGUAUCCGCCGUAACGAAAAGAUUGCUGUCCACGUCACCGUCCGCGGCCCCAAGGCUGAGGAGAUUCUCGAGCGUGGCCUCAAGGUCAAGGAGUACGAGCUUCGCAAGCGCAACUUCUCCGAGACUGGCAACUUCGGCUUCGGUAUCAGCGAGCACAUCGAUCUCGGUAUCAAGUACGACCCUUCCAUCGGUAUCUACGGCAUGGACUUCUACUGCUGCAUGACCCGCCCCGGUGAGCGUGUCACCCGCCGCCGCCGCAUGAAGAGCAGAAUCGGUUCUUCUCACCGCAUCAAGCGCGAUGAGACUGUCAAGUGGUUCAAGGGCCGCUUCGAUGGCAUUGUCCGAUAA